UGUUGGGAUAGAUUGUGUUAAACUGGAUAAAAACAGUUUGAAAUCAAAGUUAGCUAGUUUCUUGUGUUUGAGAAAGUCAAAUGAAGUACAUAAUCUAAAAGAAAUGCUGUAAAUGUAGACAAAUUAUUUUCAAAUUUAGCCUAUUAUUAAAUUAGCAUUAGCUGGCAAAACAUAAUUUGAGAAAUGAGAUUUAGACUGCCAAAAAUCUACAGUUCAGAUGAGAGAACCUUCAAAGGACAAAAUUAAUCAACAAAACCUAAGCUGAGCUCAACUUAAGCAUUUGCAAAUCCAGAACUGGAAAGAACCUGUUGUUUGGUUUCUAUUCAACCUCUCUGUUCUGCAAGUGUAACUGCAUAAGUAUGGAAUAUAAAUAGGCUUAUAAGUAAGGAGCACUGUUUUCCCCAUUUUGCAGAAAAGAUAUGGAAAUGCAGAAAUUCAGGUUUUGGGAAAUAACAGUCAGUGCUACGGUAGUGUGUAUGAAGAGCAAAGAAUACAAGAGACAGCUGGGAAAGAGGAGGAUCAGAAUGUUCCAGCUGGUCAUGCUUGCUGGAGAUAUGCGUAAAUAAGAGCAACAUCAUUCUUUCUUGGACAUUGUUAGACCUUUUUUGCAAAUAUGUUCUUCAGAUGAUAUUUUUUUAUGUAGUCCAUGUAUUUUUAUUUUUUAAGAAAGUUUUAGUUGCUUUUGUUCUCGUGGUUCUUCUGAAUUUGAAGUUAUUCAAGGCUUCCAAAAGAAAGGUAACAGGACAUCGUCUCUGUAGAUUGUUUUUUCCUUUGUUGUAAGUAAGGUGUGAGACAUUAAUAUGAAUUCUUAAAUCAAAGAUUGUGAUAUGUUAACACUUGCUUACUGCUUGAUCACAAGUAUCCAAGCCUCGAAACAUUUUGAUUUAUCCAGUCUUUCCAAACCAUGCCUUGGAAGAGUUCAAACAUUUUAUUUGUAUGUUUAAUAGGAAUGGGUGUGUUCACAAUCAUUGACAUAAUAUAUACAAUUUCGAAUUAAAAAGCCCCUCCCUUAGUAUCUGUUGUCUUGAGCUUUCAGAACAUGGCUAAUUAAAAUGGAGGCACACCACUGUAAUCUGUGUAAUUUUUCUUCUCUUAAUAUCUAUGCAAGUAGAUUGUACUUCUAACCAAGAUACGUUGUAAUUGCUGGAAACAUCCUUACUGACAGCUCCACAGCCGCCUUUUUGCCUUAAUAAUAGAUCUUUUCCUUUUAAAUUGUAAUUUUCCUCUCUUUUCAACCACUUUUGUCUUUGUUCUGAAUGAGCAUGUGACUUUUCUCCCUGGAUCUUUUUAAGAUAAGCCAUGUUUUAUGGGGACAUUAUCAUACAAUACUAUGGUUUGCUUAGAUGUUAGCAACCUUUCGAUGGUGUUAUGCUCGACACUGAUGUUCUUCCAGAAUGUAGAGGCUGAGUGUGCCAGCAAAUGCUUGCUGAUAAUUGGGAGAUACUGCUGACUGGAGGUGACUUGUUGACAAUCUUUCCUGGAUUCCAGUAUGAGCAAGGAGUUGGAGCCAGGGUGGAAAACAAAUGCCUCUCUGAAGAUGCCAUGGGUUCCAGCUCCGUGCUGGCCCUGCCUGCAUGCCAUUCAAAAUCUGCACAUGUGCUAUCUUUGGAUCUGGUGCCAUAAAUUACUUUCCCAAUCUGUAGUAGUCCAUCAAAACCAGAUGGGAUAAGUAAUUUCUAACUUUGAGGAUUCAUGUAAUUUUUGAUUCAAUAAAAAAGAUUUAAAAAGGGAUCAGGGAGUACUAAUUAGUUACUGUUUGUUCUCUUCUUUGCCUGCAUUCCCUCCACCCCCACACAUAACCUUUGGUUUUUAUGUUUUCCUCUUGCUGUUUCUUCAUCUCCUCUGUAUUAUCAUCCAUCUUGCCUUUUCUUAUAUUGGACAAGCCAACAAUUACAGAAUAAUUCUUUCAGCAGGGAACAAGCUGCAGAGUGUAAGCAGUAACGACCACAGCAGCAGACGCAGUACAUGAGCACAUCUGCUGGGUAGUUUGUUACUUCUGUGUUGUCAGUGAGUCCUAGUCAAAAGAUGCACCUUGAGGUCUCCAUUACCUACUAUGUCAUGAUGUUUAGGAAGGCAUAGUCAGAUGAAAAUACUGAUAAUAGCAUUAAUGUUGUGUCUUGAAGAUUUUUAAUCUAGAACAUAAGGGUAAAAUAUUCAAAGUGAUAUAAAUACAUCAUAGUCUGUUAGGUAUGUUACUGUUCUUGAUGCACAGUGUCCUGCUUCUUCCAUGGCAAUGACCAUGUAGAGCAUUUCACAUAUGUGACAGUUUUUCUUUGUUUUUUUCUCUUUACUCUCCUUUAUUUUGGAUGAAAUACUGCUAAAAUAUUUAUAUAAAGUCCUUUCCACUUUAUACCAAUGAUCUUGCUCUUGUCCCCUCUCAUUUCUUCGCCUGAGCUCUAUUUGAGAUGCCUGCUGUCUUGGCUUGGUAUGGUUACAGAAGAGAUGUCGGGUGUUCUUGGGCUGGGAUGAGUGGUAGCCCAGCUGCUGGUGUUAGGAUUCUCUUUCCCAGCUGAGGUGUGUGUGAGGAGUGUCACCUCUGAUGAGCAUGGGCAGCCUGGAUGCUUCCUGGGUGCCGUAGAUUUGCAGUGCAUGCAAAUCCUGUGCCUUCACAGUUAGCCAUGCUUUUCCUCAGGAACAUUCCAUCUCACUCUGCCUGUGCAAUGCCUUCCUGUGGGCAGUGCAGUCAGCCAGGCUACUGCUACCAGGACAUUUUGUGUAGUUUGCUUUGAGCUAUUAUUGGGACAGACAGGCCAAGAGUGCUGGAUGAAGAUAGGAAAGCUGUGGUAGCAAGCUGUCUACAGACUGCAGUUUGUGUAACCGGUGUUAGUUCAAAGUUACUCAUAGGCUUAUCCAUUCCAACACAAAUGUCAGACUGUUCAGAAUUAUCAACUUCAGCAGUCAGAGAAGUGUAUUUUCCUGAGGUGUCUAAUGACAUCCUCAAACGAGCUGAGGAAAGAUUAUCCACUGGAGCUAUGGAAGAAGUUUCAGUAAUCUUUACAGUGUCUUAAUAUACUUAGUAAGAAUUGUAACCUAUUUAACUGGCAAUUUAAAAAACUCUUGUAUAUGUGUGUGUAUAUGCACUUCAUUUCUCUUAAGUCUGGCAACAUGGCUUUGAACAAGUUACGUCCUAUUUUCUAGCACAAAGGAUACAGACCUCCCCCUCCCCUCACAUUGUUAAAUGAGUCAGAGUGUAGUGACUCUGCUUCUUGUAUCUUUUAAGGGGCAAAUGUAUACAAUGGCAUUAACAGGCAAUUAUCUAUUGGUAUGUUUAAUUUUAUAAUUUUUGCUUCUCAGGAUGUGAUCUUCGUGGUGAGCUGGUGGGAAAAUUGAGUUAUAAAUCACCCCAAUGGAUGCGGACAGUGAUGUUGCACUGGACAUUUUAAUCACAAAUGUAGUGUGUGUUUUUAGAACAAGAUGUCAUUUAAACUUGAGGAAGAUUGCAUUAGAGGGAGCAAAUGUGAUAUACAAGCGUGAUGUUGGGAAGGUUUUAAUGAAACUUAGGAAACCUAGGAUUACGGCCACAAUUUGGUCCUCAGGAAAAGUUAUUUGCACAGGAGCCACAAGUGAAGAAGAAGCUAAAUUCGGUGCCAGACGACUAGCUCGUAGUCUACAGAAACUAGGUUUUCAGGUAAUUUUCACAGAUUUUAAAGUUGUGAAUGUUUUAGCAGUGUGCAACAUGCCCUUUGAGAUAAGAUUGCCAGAAUUUACGAAGAAUAACAGACCUCAUGCGAGUUAUGAACCAGAACUUCAUCCUGCCGUGUGUUACAGAAUAAAAUCUCUCAGAGCUACCUUACAGAUUUUUUCCACAGGCAGUAUCACAGUUACAGGGCCAAACGUAAAGGCUGUUGCCAGUGCUGUGGAACAGAUUUAUCCAUUCGUGUUUGAAAGCAGGAAAUAAAUUUUGUAAUUCACCACUUGAUGGUUAGGUUCCCUAACCGAGCACCUUCAAAGACUGCUGCACAUUGGACUAAAAGCAAAAAGGAAAACUGGACCAACCAUAGCAGAGGAAUACAGACUCUUUUACUUGCUCAUGGCCACAGUUUAGACUCCAGUUCUUUUGGAUUUUCCUCUUAACAGUGCUGUAUUGUAAAAACAGAAGUUUACAAGAUAUGAAAUUGCUGCUUUUAAAAAGACAUUCUAUUUAUUUUUGCAGUAAUUUCUGUGUAUUCAUAAGCAAAGCUGUCACGAUGUGCACUACCUUUAAGACAUUUUUUUUUAGCUUGAGCUUGUGUUUUAUUUGUGAAUAGUCUUUUACAUUUUUGUAUGCUGAAUAUUGGGCACCAAAGAAGCUGUAAAAGUUAUCUUUUUCACCUGAUGAAUGUGCACAAAUAAAAGUUUGGAAAAUAUUUCUCUUCAUACCUGUUCUGUUAUAUUCCUUCCCUUUUUAUAUUACAAUUAAAAUUGUAUAGUUGCAAAUUAAUUUGAAACAAUGUAAGAAUAGUCUUUUGCUGAUACCUUCUGUUUCUGUUUGUAGUAUGUGUAAAACUUUGUGCUUGGGCUAGAUUGAAAUCUAUAGUAGUUACGUAUGUUUAUCUGAGGAUGAAAUUUGGUUUGUUCCCAGUUCUCUUAACUACAUGCCAGACUUGAAGUAUUUUCUUGUUGUUACAUGAAGAGAAGACAUUUCUAAAUAUAAAGGUCUACAGCAAGUGUUUUCCUGUAGAUGAAUUGUAGAAUAUGCUGAGUUGGAAGGGAACCAUCAGGAUCACCGAGUCCAACUCCUGGCCCUGGGCAUGACACCCCAAGAGUCACACCCUGUGCCUGAGAGCAUUGUCCAAACGCUUCUGGAACUCUGUCAGGCUGGUGCUGUUACCACUUCCCUGGGGAGCCUGUUCCAGUGCCCAACCACCCUCUGGGUGAAAAACUUUUUCCUGAUACCUAUCCUAAACCUCUGACUCAGCUUCACGCUGUUUCCUCAAGUCCUCUCACUGGUCACGAGAGUGAAGAGAUUGGUACCUGCCCUUCUGCUUCCCCUCGUGAGGAUGUUGAAGACCACAAUGAGGUCUCUCCUCAGUUUCCUCUUCUCCAAGCUGAACAAACCAAGUGACCUCAGCCCCUCAUAAGGCUUCCCCUCCAGACCCUUCACCUUGUGACCCUCCCUUGGACGCUGUCUGAUAGCUUAAUUACGUUAUCAACUUAUGAAGCUACUGUAGAAAAAACAACUGCCUUGUCCACCCACUCAAUGCAAAAGAAAAAAAUUUAAAUGUGAACUUCAGGAAAAUUGUUGUGCUUCAACUGGAGAAGAUGUUGUGGUCACUCUAAUGCAGCCCCAGCCUAUUGUUGAAUGAUUAACACAGACCUUUUCUACACUCUUCUUACUGUAUACUGUUUUGAUGACAGGAGCUGCCAACAAGCAGUGAAGCUUGAUUCUGGCAUGUAUUAUUAUUGGUAUUAAUCUUGGACUUGGAAGCCAGUAGAUGUUUCUCUCAGUAAGUGCACAUUUGAAGCAGAAGAGAGGUGAAUGCUUAAAAGUAACUGCAAAUGCUACUUUUAAAAAGAUACAAUAAAUAUGUAUAAAUGUA